CUUUCAUUCGAACCCAACGCAUGACAACGACGACGAUGACAACGAACCGAUCGACCAAACUUCUGGUCUUGCUUAUGCUCACGGCCCUAGUGGCCAACCACCAGGCAAGAGCAGCCGCCGCCGUCCUCAAGUGCGGCGGUAAGUCAGCCGUCUGCGUGGGACCGCUCACCUACCAGAUCUGCGUGGACGAUCUGACGACGGGCGCCGUGAUUCCCUGCCAGACGAGCACCCGUUGCGUCACCGAUGGCAUCGAGAUCUGCGAGCCCAUCAAAUUAGAUGCGGAGGCGCCCACGGCGGCUGUGGCCAAGAUGGUGACAAUUACCGACAGCCCAGCUGCCGUCAGCCAAUCUGCCCCCCUUGUCGAUGGCACAGCCACUUCCAACGCAAACAUUGAAGCGAUCUCCACUGAGGGUCUAGGAUCAUCAACGCCCGCUGAGACGACCACAGCUCCCGCUGAGACAACCACAGUUCCCGCUGAGACGACCACAGCUCCCGCUGAGACAACCACAGUUCCCGCUGAGACGACCACAGCUCCCGCUGAGACAACCACAGUGCCCGCUGAGACGACCACAGCUCCCUCUGAGACCACCACAGCUCCCUCUGAGACCACCACAGCUCCCGCUGAGACUACCACAGCACCCGCUGAGACGACCACAGCCAUUAGCGAGGACACAACCACAGAUUCUUCCUGGGAUCCCAACGCACCCGGGGAGACAACUUUGUCGCCAGGCUCUGAUGGAAGCAACCCAACAAUAACCACUAACGCCCCAUUGGACCCCAAUGCGCCCGAAGGAUCUACGGUUAGCCCUGGAGAAGUCACUACCAAUGCACCUGGACAAAGCGACCCCAACGCACCAGAAGGAUCAACCGCUGCUCCUGGCGAAGUAGACCCCAACGCACCAGAAGGAUCAACCGCUGCUCCUGGCGAAGUAGACCCCAACGCACCAGAAAGUUCCACUGCCGACCCUAACGCACCAGCUGGCUCAACAUCUGCUCCUGGGUCCACUGACGCUCCUGGUGUUCCUGCCGAUCCUAACGCGCCAACUGGCUCAACAUCCGCUCCUGGCUCCACGGACGCUCCUGGUGCUCCUGCCGAUCCUAACGCACCUGCUGGCUCAACAGCCGCUCCUGGUUCUCCUGCCGAUCCUAACGCACCUGCUGGCUCAACAUCCGCUCCUGGUGCUCCUGGUUCCUCGGCUGCUCCUGGUACUCCCGCCGAUCCUAACGUACCAGCUGGCUCAACAGCCGCCCCUGGUACUCCUGCCGAUCCUAACGCUCCCACUGACGCUCCUGGUGCCCCUGCCGAUCCUAACGCGCCAACUGGCUCAACAUCCGCUCCUGGUUCCACGAACGCUCCUGGUGCUCCUGCCGAUCCUAACGCUCCCACUGACGCUCCUGGUGCCCCUGCCGAUCCUAACGCACCUGCUGGCUCAACAUCCGCUCCUGGUUCCACGGACGCUCCUGGUGCUCCUGGUUCUCCUGCCGAUCCUAACGCACCAGCUGGCUCAACAGCCGCCCCUGGUACUCCUGCCGAUCCUAACGCUCCCACUGACGCUCCUGGUGUUCCUGCCGAUCCUAACGCGCCAACUGGCUCAACAUCUGCUCCUGGUGCUCCUGGUUCCUCGGCACCAGCUGGCUCAACAGCCGCCCCUGGUGCCCCUGCCGAUCCUAACGCACCUGCUGGCUCAACAGCUGCUCCUGGUUCUCCUGCUGAUCCUAACGCACCAGCUGGCUCAACAGCCGCUCCUGGUGCCCCUGCCGAUCCUAACGCACCUGCUGGCUCAACAGCCGCUCCUGGUACUCCUGCUGAUCCUAACGCACCGGCUGGCUCAACAGCCGCCCCUGGUACUCCUGCCGAUCCUAACGCGCCAACUGGCUCAACAUCUGCUCCUGGUGCUCCUGGUUCCUCGGCUGCUCCUGGUACUCCCGCCGAUCCUAACGCACCAGCUGGCUCAACAGCCGCCCCUGGUACUCCCGCCGAUCCUAACACACCAGCUGGCUCAACAGCCGCCCCUGGUGCCCCUGCCGAUCCUAACGCACCUGCUGGCUCAACAGCCGCUCCUGGUACUCCCGCCGAUCCUAACGCACCAGCUGGCUCAACAGCCGCUCCUGGUGCCCCUGCCGAUCCUAACGCACCUGCUGGCUCAACAGCCGCUCCUGGUACUCCCGCCGAUCCUAACGCACCUGCUGGCUCAACAGCCGCUCCUGGUACUCCUGCCGAUCCUAACGCACCAGCUGGCUCAACAGCCGCUCCUGGUGCUCCUGGUGCUCCUGGUUCCUCGGCCGCUCCUGGUACUCCCGCCGAUCCUAACGCACCAGCUGGCUCAACAGCCGCCCCUGGUGCCCCUGCCGAUCCUAACGCACCUUCUGGCUCAACAGCCGCUCCUAGUACUCCCGCCGAUCCUAACGCACCUGCUGGCUCAACAGCCGCUCCUGGUACUCCCGCCGAUCCUAACGCACCAGCUGGCUCAACAGCCGCUCCUGGUAUUCCUGCCGAUCCUAACGCACCAGCUGGCUCAACAGCCGCUCCUGGUGCUCCUGGUGCUCCUGGUUCCUCGGCCGCUCCUGGUGCUCCUGCCGAUCCUAACGCUCCAGCUGGCUCAUGGCGUCCGCACCCACAUUGGCCAUGGCGACCAGUUCGACCCCAUCGGCCAAUUUCAGGCUGGCCAAACUGGCAAAAUUGGGUGAGCGGCUGGCGCACAACUCGGAAGCCCGUCCUCAGUACCAAGGCACCCGCUUCCGGUCAGGAUCCUGAGAAUUCCCAGCCAGAGAAGCCCAGCAACAAUGGCUCCGAAGCUGCCGAAAGUGCAGAGCUGCCUGUUCCUGUACCCCCAUCAGGUGGAGCUUUAUCCAGCGAGAACGCCUCUGUCGAACAGAGUGCCAAGGGAUCUGGCGAGAAACAAAAGGACAAGCCUAAGUCUGUCGAAGACCAGUCCAAGGAGCAGGAACAGAAGAAGCCAAACUCCACUGAGAAGGACAGCUCCCGCGAGGAGAAGAAGGAAGAGGAGAAGGAGAAGUCGAAAGGUUCCAAAGAGGAAAAAGAGGAAAAGGAGGAAAAGAGCAGCGAGUCGAAGAAGUCCAACGAUGACGAGAAGAAUGACGAGGACAAGCUGAGCUCAAAGGAAAAGAAGAAGUACGUGAAGAAAAUCAUCAAGAAACUGAAGAACGAGGAAGACUGCGACGAGGAUGACGUCUUCCCUGAUGUUCGUGACUGCAAGAAGUACUUCCGCUGUGAAGUGAAAGGGUCGGGGAAGCACAAGUUCGUGCAUCUGCGCUGCGACAAAAAGGAGCGAUUCGACUGGCUAGCCCAGAGUUGCGUGUCCAAGGACGAAGCUCGUUGCCUGGAGAAGUAAGGGGAUGUGAUCCGCAUCUCCCUCGACGGGGAAUCACAACUGUAUUAUCCACAUAAUAAUCUCAGCAUCAAUUGUAUUGGCAAUUUAUUCUAUCUAUAACUUGUCUUCUUUUCUAAUUUAUUUUACUAUCUAAAAAAUAAAUUUUCUUUCUGUCAAUAAAUCUGGAAAUC